AUGUACAUCCACUUCCUGGUGGUCCAGUCCAAACUGAAGAUCAUCAAAGACAAACCUAAACUGAACCGUCUCCAUCAGAGUGCUGUGGACCAGGCCUUACAGAGUCCAAACGGACACCUGGACUUGUUCCUGCGCUUCCUCCUGGGUCUCUCACUGCAGACCAAUCAGACUCUCCUGAGAGAUCUGCUGACACAGACAGGAACAGAGAGAAGCUGGGAAGCUCUGUCCUCAGUCCUCAGCUCACAGUCCUCCAGUCUGAGAGAGCUGGACCUGAGUAACAAUGACCUGCAGGAUUCAGGAGUGGACCUGCUAUCUUCUGGACUAAAGGAUCCAAACUGUAACCUGGAAACUCUCAGUCUGUCAGGAUGUCUGAUCACAGAGGAAGGCUGUGCUUCUCUGGCCUCAGCUCUGAGCUCCAGCCCCUCCCACCUGAGAGAGCUGGACCUGAGCUACAACCAUCCAGGAGACUCAGGAGUAAAGCUUCUGUCUGCUGGACUGAAGGAUCCUCUCUGCAGACUGAAAACACUGAGGGUGGACCAUGGUGGAGAGCAGAGGUUAAAACCUGGACUGAAGAAGUAUGUCUGUGAACUCACUCUGGACUCAAACACAGCAGACAGAUACCUCAGACUGUCUGAAGACAACAGGAAGGUGACAUGUGAGAGAGAGGAUCAGUCAUAUCCUGAUCAUCCAGACAGAUUUGAGUCCUGUCGUCAGCUGCUGUGUAGAGAUGGUCUGACUGGUCGCUGUUACUGGGAGGUCGAGUGGAGAGGAAGGGUUCAUAUAUCAGUGAGUUACAGAGGAAUCAGAAGGAAAGGAGUCAGUGACUGUGAGUUUGGAUUUAAUGAUCAGUCCUGGAGUCUGAUCUGCUCUGAUGAACGUUACUCUGUCUAUCACAAUAAGAGAGUAACAGUCCUCCCUCUCUCCUGGUCCUCUGACUCUCACAGAGUAGCAGUGUAUGUGGACUGUCCUGCUGGCACUCUGUCCUUCUACAGAGUCUCCUCUGACUCUCUGAUCCACCUCCACACCUUCAGAACCUCCUUCACUGAACCU